GUCAAAAAAAAGUUAGGUUAUGAAAUUUAAAAGUGGUGGAACAAUUUUUCCCUUUCACUUCGAAUUAAAUAUCCAGCGUGGCACAUAAAUGAGACUGUAUGCUACAAUACGCUUCCUGAUUAGCAUAAAGUUUGUCAACAAACCUGCGAAUCUUAGUUGCCUCAAUUUUUUCCGAUAUCAAGCGUUUUCCGGUGGAGCAUAUUGUAAGCAGAAAUACGAUCAAAAAACUCAGUGGGGCAAAAAUAAACAGCAUAGAAAGGUACAGUUGAAAAUAUAUUACGAUACCAUGGCUGAUCCAAAGAAUGAAGAAAUUCUUGCACCUUUAAGGGCUAGCGUAAAAGAACAAGGUGAUUUAGUUAGACAACUGAAAGCCAGCGGAGCUCCAGAUUUAGAUGUAAAAAAAGCUGUAGCCGAGCUAAAAACGAGAAAAAAGAUUUUAGAAGACAAGGAAUUAUCGCUCACACCGAGCUAUACUUUUGACCGUGCAAAAAUGGAAGAUUUACUUAAAAGACGUUUUUUCUUUGAUCAGUCUUUUGCAAUUUACGGUGGAAUAACUGGUCAGUUUGACUUCGGACCAAUGGGCUGUGCAUUUAAAGCAAAUUUACUACAAGUAUGGCGACAGUUCUUUGUUCUGGAAGAACAAAUGUUGGAGGUUGAUUGUUCUAUUUUAACUCCAGAGCCUGUAUUGAAAGCAUCAGGACAUGUCGACCGUUUUGCAGAUUUAAUGGUAAAAGACAUAAAAACAGGUGAAUGUUUUCGAUUGGAUCACUUAAUAAAAGCACAUUUAGAGAAAAUAGCAGCCGAUAAGAAGACUUCAAAUGAAACUAAAGAAGAAUGUAGUGAUAUUGUUGUGAAGUUAGAUGGAAUGAACAAAGCAGAAAUGGCUGCUGUCAUGAAAAAAUUUGAUAUGAAGAGCCCCCUAACUGGGAACGAACUCACAGAACCCAUAGAGUUUAAUCUUAUGUUUGGGACACAAAUAGGACCCUCAGGUUUAAUUAAAGGAUUUCUGAGGCCUGAGACGGCCCAAGGAAUCUUUGUAAACUUCAAAAGACUUCUGGAGUUCAAUCAGGGAAAACUUCCCUUUGCAGCUGCGCAAAUAGGGAAUGCUUUCCGUAAUGAGAUUUCCCCAAGAUCUGGGCUUAUAAGGGUUAGGGAAUUCACCAUGGCUGAGAUUGAACAUUUUUGUGAUCCCAGUGAUAAGAGCCACCCAAAAUUUGAACAGGUAAAAAAGGUGGAGCUUUUACUGUAUUCUGCUUGUAACCAAAUGGAUGGAAAACCUGCAGAAAGGAAGACCAUAGGAGAAGCUGUAUCAACGGGAUUAGUAGCGAACGAAACUUUAGGCUAUUUUAUGGCGAGAAUUCAAACUUUUAUGGUAAAAUGUGGCGUGGAUCCUGCCAGGUUAAGGUUUAGACAGCAUAUGGCUAAUGAAAUGGCUCAUUACGCUUGCGAUUGUUGGGAUGCAGAAUGUUUAACAAGCUACGGUUGGAUAGAAUGUGUAGGAUGCGCUGACCGGUCAGCCUACGAUCUGACCCAACACACAAGAGCGACAGGUGUUAGGUUAGCUGCCGAGAAGAAGCUAGAUCAACCUAAAGUUAUAGAUGUUGUUGAAGCAGCUCCCAAUAAAGGAACUCUGGGAAAAACCUUUAAGAAAGACGCAAAGGCUGUUACCGAUGCCCUUGCCAGUUUGAGCCUGAACGACAUCGAAGAUCUGGAGAAAAAACUAGCUAGUGAUGGAAAUUACCAAUUAUCGGCUGGAGAUCAGUCAUUUUCACUGACAAACGAUCAUGUUGCUGUAAAAAAAUAUCAGAAAACGGUUCAUGUAGAAGAAAUCAUUCCUAGUGUUAUUGAACCGUCAUUUGGUGUGGGCAGAGUUAUGUACGCCAUUUUCGAACAUAACUUCAAACAAAGAGAAAACGACGAGCAAAGAACGUAUCUGUCAUUACCUGCCACCGUAGCGCCACUGAAAUGCAGUGUCUUGCCACUGAGUUCUAAUGCCGAAUUUAUCCCGUACAUUAAGGAACUAUCUGCAAACUUAACCAAGGUCGAUGUUUCUCAUAAAGUCGAUGAUAGUUCGGGUUCAAUUGGAAGAAGAUACGCUCGUACAGAUGAAAUUGCAAUUCCCUACGGUAUUACCAUUGAUUUUGACACACUAAAAGAACCCAGCAGUGUCACUUUAAGAGAAAGGGACUCUAUGAAUCAAAUUAGAAUACCUUUAAGUGAAAUUGCGACUGUGGUACACAACUUGGCCUAUAGUAAACAAUCUUGGAGCGAAAUAGAGAAAAAAUACCCAAAGUUUGAACAGCAGGAAAGUAAAGGAAAUUAACUAUAGGCUUUAAACGAAUUAUUAUACUUUUUAAUGGCAUUUUCUAUGUUAAUUAUUUAAGAACACUUACCAGCUUUAUAUUAUUGUACUAAAUUAUUGUCUUAGUUUAAUAAAAACAGCAGAAAAAAAAAUAA